UGCAGGCAUACGAUAUGCAUAAUGCUGGUGCUGUUAUUCACAGUCAUGGAAUGGAAUCUUGUCUCGUGACAAUGAUAAAUCCUUUAGCAAAGGAGUUUCGAAUUACUCAUAUGGAAAUGAUAAAAGGAAUUCAAGGGCAUGGUUAUUAUGAUGAGCUUGUUGUCCCAAUAAUAGAAAACACCGCUCAUGAGUGGGAGCUAACAAAUUCUCUUGCUGAAGCUGUAUGUUCUGUUUAUUCAUUUAACUUAGCAAAUGCAUUACUUUUUGAGUUGAAAUGCGGAUUUUGCAUGAUGUUGAGUAAAGAAAAAGAAAAGAAAAGAAAAAGAUAUCUGCAUGGGUUUCAAUUUGAUUGAUGGACUUAGAUCUGAACAAGAAUGACAUGUGAUUGCAUGGGUUUGUAACUUUGUAUCUCAGAAUACUAUCAGCUUCUUUAAAAAGCUCGCUUUGCUUACUUAGCUUUGUUGAAUUUUUGAUAUAUGUGCAGACUAGAAACUAUGAACAAUAACAAACGAUUGUGUAAAUGUGCAUGUAUCUGACAAUUAUAUCAGCUUCUUUUCAAGUGUUGGUUUGUUUACAUAAUUUUUAAGAAUUUUAUUGCUUUGGUAGUUUAUUGCGAAAUAUUAAACAAUUCUACAUAUUGAAAAUUGAAGUGCAAACAAUUGAUAAUAAGAAUCAUUUUUUAGAAUUGUUUAACAUAGGCCUUG